AUGAGGCAGUCUCCCACACAACCCUGCUUGUGUGACAGUGAAGGUUCUGGUUGGGGGGCUGUGUGUGUGGCAGUGACACAGGCAGUGGGGAUCCUGUUGGGGCACCAGCAGAGCGACUCUACGCCGUCUUGGGUCCAGGAUCUGUCGAGGGAUGUAGACGAGGACCUCAUCCAGAGGUUCAUCUCUGAGGUGGACAACAUGGAGAUCCAGGAAAACCUCAGGGAGCUGACCAAAGUUCCCCACAUGGCCACAACAGAAGGGGACCGGGCCACCGUGCAGUACAUGCUAAGCAGGUGGCAGGACCCUGACACUGGGCUGGACCACACUAGAGUCCACCUGUCCUUUCCAGACCCCAACAAUCCCAAUACAGUCACAGUGGGUUAA